CUUCCUCCUCCAGGUUGGUUGCCCAAACCUGAACUUAAGCUCUGGAGGUGAUCACAUGGGACGGCAGAGAAGGCGGGCAGAGCGAGGAAGGUUCCACGGCUGUCUGUUUCCAUUGGCUCCGCGCAGGCACGUGGCGCUCCUCUCCCACCGCUGGCUCACAGCUGGGUAGCCCGGGUCUGCUGGCAGGGAAAGAGCAGUAAGAGCCGCUCCAGCUAAGUGCCUUAAAGGAGCGUGGAGGAGGAGGAGGAGGAGGAAGAAGGCGGCAAAGAGUUGUUGUUGUUUUUUCCCCCUUGGGCUCGUGGAUCUGAUUUAUUUAUUACUGUUGUUUUGCCCGGAGUUUCGUGCCUGAACCCUUCGCGUGUAGGUCGUCGUUUUGCUGGAGCUGGGCGGCAGGAAGGAACAUCUUCCAUCUGUGUCUGAUUUAUAAUGAGUGCCAAAUCUGCUAUCAAUAAAGAGAUUUUUGCACCACAUGAUGAAAGGAUGCUGGGUGCAGUCCAAGUAAAAAGGAGAACGAAGAAAAAGAUUCCUUUCCUGGCAACUGGGGGUCAGGGUGAAUACUUAACCUACAUUUGCUUGUCAGUGACAAACAAGAGACCUGCACAAGCAUAUAUUACAAAAGUUAAACAGUUUGAAGGUUCUACAUCUUUUGUACGAAGGUCACAAUGGAUGCUUGAACAGCUUCGCCAGGUUAAUGGUUUAGAUCCUCAUCGGGAUUCCCCAGAGUUUGAUUUAUUGUUUGAAAAUGCUUUUGACCAAUGGGUGGCAAGUACAGCCUCUGAGAAAUGUACAUUCUUUCAAAUUCUCCAUCAUACUUGUCAACGGUAUCUUACAGAUAAAAAGCCAGAAUUUAUUAAUUGCCAGUCUAAAGUUAUUGGAGGAAACAGCAUAUUACAUUCGGCAGCAGACAGCGUGACAAGUGCAGUACAGAAAGCAAGCCAGGCUUUGAAUGAGCGCGGUGAAAGAUUAAGUCGAACUGAAGAAAAGACAGAGGACAUGAAAAACAGCGCUCAGCAUUUUGCAGAAACUGCACACAAGCUUGCCAUGAAACACAAGUGUUGAAAAUGGCUGUGUGGAGAUCUUUCUGAAUGGAACUGCAAAAAUAGAAUUGCCCAUUUUUAGUGAAAAAUGCAAGUCUAUGUCUCUUUUUUCCAACAAUUUGGUAAUCGGUAGUUCCAAUUGUCAUUAGGAAAUUAGUAUUCCUACUUUUUCUAUUGCUAGGCCAUUCAGCGUCUGUCUUUUUUUAAUAUUUAAAAUGAGAUGGUGUUAAUAUGUAAAUUGGACCAAAGGAUAUACUAAACUGCACUGACCUGCAAGAAUCUAUUGUUCCCAAUGUUGUGUAGGAAUACAAUAUUUUAGCUUCAAGAAAGGUAAUCGAGUCACAGUGAAAUCCAGUAAUUGUUAUAGAGUUGUUUCUUAGAGCAAAUGUUGAAGUAAAAGUGUUCAUAACUUUUAUCACUGGGCAACAAAAAUAAGUUGCUGGGAAAAACAGCUUGACUUCUCAGUUCUGCCAUUUUUAGCAAAUUUAUUUUGCACAUGUCAUCACUAGCAUGGUGAAUUUGAAUUUGAAUUGUCCAUCAUGUUGUCAACACUGUUUAAAAAAAAAUCUUUUUCUUAUGGUCUGAGUUUAUUUUAAUGUUACCAAAAACACAUUAGAAAUGUUAAGGAAAAGCUGAUUAAAUCUAUAAAUACUUCAAUAUUUUAUCUGGAAUCUAAAAUGUCCUAAAUAAACAUUAUAUUGAAACUGUUUCAAGAAAUAAUACAUGCACAAACACUAUUGUAAGUUUUUGGAAUUCUUCUAUUGAUCAGCAUGCUUCAAUUUUAUUGUUCAAAGUAAGACUUGCUAGAAUUUUCCUUAAUAGUGUAAUCUGGACCUGUGAAGACCAAAAUUCAGUCUAAUCUUUGCAGUCACUGGAUCAUAAUCAUACAUUAUAAUUAACAUUAUUUACAAUAAAAUAUUCAUUUCCACUUUUCGUUUUACAAAACACAAAUGUUUUCUUGUUUGCCCAAAAAAAAAAUCCCUUAAGACAGAUUUUUACAUGCACUGAAGCCCUCUGGAUUAUUCCUGGUUUUCAUCUUUCUAAUGCUAGUCUGGGAGAGUUCACAUAGAACAUUCAGUUAUAGAUGGUUAUGUCAGAUUAGUUGAAACUCAAGUACUUUGGCCACCUAAUGAGAAGGAAGGACUCACUGGAGAAGAGCCUAAUGCUGGGAAAGAUUGAGGGCAAUAGAAGAACGGGACGACAGAGAAUGAGGUGGCUGGACGGAGUC